CUUUGCACUUUCGCGAAGCUUACUGAGGCCCGAUUCUGCCCCGCAAUUGGCGCGUCCGUUAAUCACAAGGCCGAGACCACUCCGAGAGGGCAGUUGUGGAUAUUGCUGUGCACUUGCACUUACAACGGAAAGUCGAGACUCCCAAGAGCACUGCAGCCCAUCUCCGAACUCAAGGCUGCUCUCGUCUUCCGGUAUCUAUCGCUACCAUGGUUUCCGACAGCGCCUUGGGUGUAUCGCAGGAUGGAGCGAAGGGCAGCGACAGUGAGGCUCAGACUGGAAAGACGACGCUGCCGGUACGGACGACAUGUGCGCCGGCGUCGAAGCAGACCCUCACAGGAAAGCAAGAACAUUACCUGAAGCGCGAGCUCAUCUCGGAACAAGUCAAGUGGGAGAUUUCAGAGCUCAACUCUCCCACAGCGCUACGGCGGUUUGGCGCACCGUUCAAGUCGCCGUAUGGGGAGGUGUCCCCGCUGGACUCCGAGCUGCCAAUCCUUAGGUACAUUUUCGUACACCAUAUCCGCGAGUUCCCCUUCCUCGACAAAGCGAAGGAGAAGGAGUUUUGGCAGGAUAAGCUGCAAAUGUUCCUGGAGUCAUUCGCCAGCAAGAACAUCUCGUCAUCAGAAGACCGCCUGGAAGAGACCAAGAGGAGGAAGCUGGCCACCAAGGCGAAGAAGCUAGUGGAGCUGAUGAUGGUGUCGGGCGUCCCAACCUCUUCUGGCUUUGAGGAGAGGAUCCGGUUCUCCGAGCUUGAAAUUGUCGAUGCGAACGCUAUCGAUACCGGGGUUCUUUCCACAAUCCCCGAGGGCAAUUACAUCAACGGAUGGGAUGUCAAUGUCGCAGGCGUUCGGGUCAUUUCAGCCAAGAGAAAUCUCAGGCACCAUAAGCAUGCCGAAUUUAUUCUUCGGGUCACGAGGAAAGGCGCGCCAGAACAUUAUAUCGGGCGCCGGUAUGGCGACUUCGCCCGGCUUCAUACCAGGUUACGCACCGAGUUGCCAGGCAAGGUGCUCCCGCCGCUUCCCCGGAAGAACAAGUCGAACUCGACGUUUUCCGGCUACGGCGGGAUCCAUAGCGGGAACAACUCGGAGACAUCAUCCAUUUCAUCAAUGUCGACGGCACAGUUGCCCAACAGUCCUAUGGCGAGUGGCUUUGGACAUCAGAGUGACGCUGGCCAGAAGCUACUGUCGGUGAAAGACCAACGCCCGGGCGACCGACUCUCCCCCCGAAAUUCCGUUGACGGCAGGCCUUCCACUCCGUCACUACUGAGUCCUAAGGCCCAGGAGACUACCGUCCUACCGCGAGAGAACCAGAGGAUCUCGUUACGCGCCUUUCUCCGUUCUCUGUUACACAACGCCCAAAUAGCCGGCACCAAGGCGAUCGAGGAGUUUCUCACCACAGCCCCGAUAAACCUAACUGACGACGAUGUGGAGGACAUCAGCCGCCGGAAGCACCUAGAUAAGAAACGAGUCGAGGAGCAGAAGCAGUUCUACGAAGUUGCCAGGAAACGCGCAGCGGAACUGGACGUCUACAUGGAGCAAUUCCGGCAGGACAUCGUCGAGCGCAAUGGCCUCACCAUGCUAUUCAAGGAAAUCCGGGAGAAGGAGACUAUCCAAGACUUAAGCUUACAAUACCAGAAGUUCGCCGAAUGGCUGCGUAUCGAAGUGGCCGCCACCAUUUAUCACCUGUUCCUCGCCGAGGACAACUCCCCAGAAUUGUUCGCCCAGGCGAAGAGGAUUCACUCGCUAAUUCCGUACACUCUUGUGAAGAAUGUGAUCCGGGUCGCAAAUCCCGCAGCUGUCAUGUCUGGGAUCCUGGAUAUCUUCCUUGCCCAGCCGUUCGGUACUAGGUCUCUGAUGCAGCGCAUAUUCUCCAUGACUCUGCACGACGGCAUCAAAACCUUCCAGCGAUCGAUCGAUGCGCUUGCCGAUAAGAUCGCCGAUCCCGUCUUCGUGGAAAAGCUGAAGGCGUUCACGGACGCUGAGGAGCAAAUCAAGGAGGCGAUCAGGGAGGAAGCUGCCAGCGAAGACAUCGACAUCAUCGUUGUCAUCCUGAGGUCGGAGCUCAUCGGCCCUUCGCUCGAAGGCAAGCAGGUCGAGCGGCUCUUCAACGCAUACGUGGCCUUCAACAACGCAAUCGAGAACGUCGACGAGGAACUCCGGCAGGGCGCCCAGCUCUUUUCCUAUCUGAAGCAGCUGCUGAAGCUGUACAUUCGGCAGCGGGACAAGGCCAUGAUGUUGAGCCUCAUCGAGGAGCCGGUCACACUCCAGUUGUUCCGAGACCUGUUUACCAUUUUCUACGAGCCGCUAGUCCGCGUCUACAAAUCGGCCAAUGUCUACAACAGCGUGACGGACUUUGCUCACUUCAUAGACGAUCUCAUCCAAGUUGUUGAGCGGUGCCGAGAACAAGAUGCAUCUGCAGAUCCCAACCAGACCGUGCAGGCCUUCAUCGAUCUCUGCCAGCGCCAUGAGCACAACUUUUACAGAUUCGUUCACGAAGUCCACACGCACGACAACGGCCUGUUCACACAACUAAUGGGCUGGAUCGAGGGCAUCUUGGAGUUCCUCCGGCACGGGCCGAAGAACGGCAGCCUGGACAUCAACGCGCUGUUUGAGGGUGCUACCAGCAGCGGCCUCAUCGACAGGGACAAGGCCAUGGAGGAGAUCAACCAGCUCAUCGCAUGGCAGGAGGCACGCAAGAAGUGGCAUCACGACAAGACGAGGCAAAAGAUGGCUGCCGAGGGCGGCCCCGGCGAAGGAGAGCCGCUACCUGGUGCCAUGUCUUUCAGAUCGAUUGACUUCGGGCUGGACCAGGAAGACCUGGAUGAGAUGGGGUAUGGCGACGACUCGGAGGACGAAGCCGAGGCCGAGGCCGACGACGAGCUAGAUCCCAUCGAAGCUGAAAGGAAGGCAAGAUCGAGAAGGCAGGACCGGUUACGCCGAAAUGCGGGAGAGCCCGCCAAACCCGAGGUGUCGGAGGUGCACAAGCUGAAGGAGAAUUUCUUGGUGAUGCUACGUAUGGUGCUCGCCGAAUAGGCGCAGCGGGUUUAGGGGGACGGUCUAGGUACUACUAGUAGUAUUGGACAUUCUUGUCUUGUUGGGUUCCGUAGACGGUCCUAGAGCUGAGCGAUGCCG